AUGAACAGACAAGUCUGCAAGAUAGCUGGCGGCGGCAGCCAGGGCUUCUCCGGCCGCUCCGCCAUGGUCUCCGGCAGCAGCAGGAUGAGCUGUGUGGCCCGCUCCGGGGGAGCCGGCGGAGGGGCCUGUGGGUUCCGGGGUGGAGCAGGCGGCUUUGGCAGUCGCAGUCUCUACAGCCUGGGUGGCAACAAGAGCAUCUCCAUCAGCGUGGCUGGUGGCUCCCGGGCUGGUGGCUUUGGGGGAUGGCGUGGCAGCUGUGGCAAUGGCUUUGGUGGCUAUGGAGGUGGCUUUGGUGGUGGCAGAGGAAUGGGAGGUGGCUUUGGAGGAGCUGGUGGCUUUGGUGGAGCUGGUGGCUUUGGAGGGGCUGGUGGCUUUGCUGAUGGCUUUGGUCCUGGUGGUUUCCCUGGGGGAAUCCAGGAAGUGACUGUCAACCAGAGCCUCCUGCAGCCCCUCAAUGUGGAGAUCGACCCCCAGAUUGGGCAAGUAAAGACCCAGGAGCGGGAGCAGAUCAAGACCCUCAACAACAAGUUCGCCUCCUUCAUUGACAAGGUGCGGUUCCUGGAACAGCAGAACAAAGUCCUGGAGACCAAGUGGGAGCUGCUCCAGCAGCAGACCACAGGAUCUGGCUCAGGACCCAACAACUUGGAGCCUUUCUUUGAAUCCUGCAUUAGCUUCCUGCGCAGGCAGUUGGAUUUGGCUCUGGGGGAGAGAGGGAACCUGGAAGGAGAGCUGAAGAACAUGCAGGACCUCGUGGAAGACUUCAAAAAGAAGUAUGAAGAUGAGAUUAACAAGCGCAAUGCAGCUGAGAAUGAGUUUGUGGGGCUCAAGAAGGACGUGGAUGCAGCAUACAUGAACAAGGUGGAGCUGCAGGCCAAGGUGGACAGCCUGACAGAUGAACUGAAUUUCUUGAGGACCCUCUAUGAGAUGGAGCUGUCUCAGAUGCAAAGUCAUGUCAGUGAUACGUCUGUUGUCCUAUCCAUGGACAACAACCGCUGCCUGGACCUGGAUAGUAUCAUUGCCGAGGUCAAGGCCCAGUACGAGGACAUUGCCCAGAGGAGCAAGGCGGAAGCUGAGGCAUUGUACCAGACCAAGCUUGGGGAACUGCAGACCACUGCUGGCAGGCAUGGGGAUGACCUGAAGAACACUAAGAGUGAGAUCAUGGAGCUCAACAGGGUGAUCCAGAGGCUGCAGGCCGAGAUUGAGAAUGUUAAGAAGCAGAAUGCAAACCUGCAGGCGGCCAUUGCUGAAGCUGAGCAGCGUGGGGAGAUGGCCCUCAAGGAUGCCAAUGCCAAGCUCCAAGGUUUGCAGACUGCUCUACAGAAGGCCAAGGAUGACCUGGCCCGGCUGCUGAAAGAGUACCAGGAGUUGAUGAACGUGAAACUGGCCCUGGACGUGGAAAUUGCCACCUAUUGCAAGCUGCUAGAGGGCGAGGAGUUCAGGAUGUCCGGAGAGUGUCAGAGCGCUGUGAGCGUUUCGGUGGUCAGCAAUGUCACCAGCACAAGCAGCAGCUCUGGAGGAAGCCGUGGAGGGGUCGUCGUCCGCGGCAGCAGUAGCGGUGGCUACAGGGGUGGCAGUGGUGGCUAUGGAGGGGUCAGCGGCAGCAGCAGCAGCAGCAGCAGCUACGGGGUCAGCAGUGGCAGCAGUGGGGGCUACCAGAGUGGCAGCAGUGGGGGCAGGCUCAGCAGCCGAGGCAGCAGCUCUGUGAGUCAGAGUGGAAUUGGCUCCAGCUCUGGUGUCAUCCAGACUUCGGGAGGCAGCAGCUAUAAGUCUGGCAGUGGAGGCAGCACCGGCAUCCGCUUCUCCCAGACCACCAGCUCGAACCAGCUCUUCUCCAAGUGA